AUGGUUUAUGGCUAUGUAUGGCACAGCAAAUUACUUCAGAAAAUUCUUGGCUUGUCUUCUGGAGAAUGGAGUGAUUUGACUCAUGCCAUCCACACCUCUAAUGGCGAUAUCUACAUGGAAACAAAGAAUUACAUUGAAAACCAGAUGCUGUUUCAAUCCGAUAAUGAUUCUUCCUGCUUGGAGCAAUUCCUCAGAUCCCUCUGCUCCAGCCCUGUCGUCAAGAAAGAAUGGUGGAUGGUUUUGGUGAAAAAGAACAUUGAUUGUAAAGAUACUUCUCAAGAACGAACAAUUAGAUUCUUUGAUAAAACUAUCAAGACCCAGUGUGUGCCCUUUCAGUACAUGAAUAUAGAAUCAGUUUGUACAGAACCAACGUUUGAUAUCAGUGCCAAAAUGUUGUCAGAAAUAUCUCCUACUACUGUGAAGUGAUAUCGAUCACAUAUUCAAUUGGUAUCCAGUACAAAAUACUAGAGUGAAUAGGCAGGGAUAUUUGUGUUCAAAUUUUCACUAUAUAUCUUGUACUCUUUUAUCUUUUUACUAAUUCUAGUGACAAUGACAAUAAAUCUUUCUACUCCAGGAACAAGGCCUGAAAUUUUGUGGUGAGAUAUCUGGUUGAUUAUAUUACCCCCACGCUGAAAGGAUGACAGGUAAACCAUCCUCAGCAGAAUUUGGACUCAGAGCCAUGAGAAAUGCCACAAAACAUUUCAUCCAGCUUUGACAUAAACAUCAAAUUCUUAAUCAACUGGAAUUGUUCCUUUUGGAAGCCCUUACCUCGAAUUUUUCUCUCUCUAUUUGUUCUCCAUUUGGUACCUGAACCCAAUGUACAUGAUGCAUAGUUAUUACAUAUAACUUUUAUAUGUAAUUUUAUUCACUUAUUUAUAUAAACUUAUAUGUAUGUUUAUUUGUUGUGUGCUUUAAAUUAUGCUUUGGAAUUUCUAUUGAUUACCCAGAUGUGUUCCUUCUAUAAUUUCUCUUAUCCUUCGAUUUAGCUUGCAGUGAGCACUUCUUAAUAAAGCCCAGAUAUUGUGAAGUAUAUUUAAAAACAUACUUUCUAAGAAAAUUUAACUUUAUAUUUAUUUAUGUAUGUGUGUGUAUGUAUAUAUAUAUGCACUAACUGAAUAGCCAGCUGUUGACGAGUAAUUUUUGUUUAUUCCAUGCCAGGCCAUGCCUUUUCCGACAGGUAGGCCCCUUGAUCAGAACAAAUUUGUGCAACUUUUCGCCAAAAAACUUCAUUGAUGAUUAUUUUCUUUUUUAAAUUAUUUACAUGUCUCUUUGACUGUUUCACAUGACUUUGUUCAUUAAAACUUAUUAAAACUUCAGAAGUUC